CGAACAGGCCUAGCACUGACUGAAGCCGAUCUCACACCGAACUCGUUUCAGACUUUCAGUACUGUAAUGCUUUGGUUACUUGUUAUGCGAAGCGGGAAAAGGGGAAGAACGAAGCCAGACACUCGCGAGUCUCUCUCCUCUCGCUCUCCUCCGUCAGCGAUAAAAGGAAUACAGAACUGAAGCAGAAGGUGGCAUUACGACUAACCAUCUACUAGUGUCUUCUCAAGGUUUGAUAAACAGCAGUAAUUGUACACCAACAUGUCAGGCCGUAAAGAAACAGUUUUAGAUCUGGCAAAGUUUGUUGACAAGGGUGUCCAAGUCAAAUUAACUGGUGGGAGACAAGUGACAGGGACCUUGAAAGGAUAUGAUCAGUUACUGAAUCUUGUACUGGAUGAAGCAAUAGAAUUUCUAAGAGAUCCAGAUGAUCCACUGAAGACAACUGAUCAGACUCGGCGUCUUGGUUUAAUAGUAUGCAGGGGAACCGCGGUGAUGCUUGUAUCCCCAACUGAUGGUACAGACGAGAUUGCCAACCCCUUUAUCCAGCCAGAAGGGGCUUAGCGAAUCCUUAUCCCUUGGCAACCCUGAUAAGCAAAUAUUGUUUCACUCCUGGAUUCGGGGUUUGGCCAUUCAUGUGAAGAAUUUAAACCCAGAUAUUUGUGAAGGAAAUGAUCUUUCCAUUUGACGUGCAAAUAUCAUUUUUUUUUUCAAUAUUUAAACUUGCUGAAAUUCCAGUUA